AUGCAAGUACUACACGUUUUGCUUUGCCUCCUGAUCUCUCUGGGAUUGACAGGCAGCAACGAACCAGCCUUGGAGAAGGAUUUGGGGGCAGAAGAGAGCGUCUCAGACCAUGCGGAAGCUGAGAGUCAAGAAUGUUCCGCUUGUUUAUGGAGGGAGCACAGCAAAGCACUGAGGUUGGAAUCCAUCAAGUCCCAAAUCCUGAGCAAGCUGCGUCUGAAGCAAGCCCCCAACAUCAGCCGCGACAUUGUCAAUCAGCUGCUGCCGAAAGCUCCCCCGUUGCAACAACUGCUGGACCGCUAUGACAUCCAGGGAGAUGACUGCUCAGCCAAAGAGCCUGCUCUGGAAGAUGACGAGUAUCACGCCACGACAGAAACUGUCAUUACCAUGGCCGCUGAACCUGACCCCUGUGUCCAAGUGGAUGGGAGUCCAAAAUGUUGCUUUUUUAAAUUUAGCCCCAAAGUCACAUUUACAAAUGUGGUGCGAGCUCACCUGUGGGUUUACCUGCGACCAGUACUGCACACCUCCACAGUGUAUCUGCAGAUCCUCAGGCUGAAACCUGUGACGGAAAAGGGGAGCAGGCACUCGCGGAUCCGAUCCUUAAAAAUAGACAUGGACUCCCGCAAUGGGCGCUGGCAAAGCAUCGACUUUAAGCACGUGCUGCAGAACUGGUUCAAGCAACCUCACACCAACUGGGGUAUUGAGAUCAACGUCUUUGAUAUGGACGGGAAUGACUUGGCCAUCACAUCUCCAGGAAGUGGAGAGAAGGGACUGCAACCAUUUCUGGAAGUCAAAGUGGCAGAAACAAACAAACGUACCCGCCGAAACCUGGGGCUAGAUUGUGACGAGCACUCUACAGAGUCCCGUUGCUGCCGUUUUCCGCUAACCGUUGAUUUUGAGGCCUUUGGCUGGGACUGGAUUAUUGCUCCCAAACGAUACAAAGCCAACUAUUGCUCUGGUCAAUGCGAGUACAUGUUUAUGCAGAAGUACCCGCAUACCCACCUGGUGCAUCACGCCAACGCCCGAGGGUCAGCAGGCCCCUGCUGCACGCCAACCAAAAUGUCGCCCAUCAAUAUGCUUUACUUCAACGACAAGCAAGAGAUCAUCAACGGGCAAAUCCCAGGCAUGGUGGUUGAUCGAUGUGGCUGCUCCUAA